UUUGUCGCGCAUGGAAUCCACUCGUCAAUCCAUGAAGACUAUUCUGGCCAGCAGGAAUGUAGAAAUCCCUGAGGGGGUUGAAGUAAAGGUCAAGGCACGUACUGUGACUGUCAAGGGACCACGUGGAUCUCUCUCCCGGACAUUCAAGCAUCUCAAGGUCGAGAUCCGUGUUCUUUCCAAGACCAAGCUACAGGUUAUCAAGUGGUUUGGAAGCCGCAAGGAGUUGGCAUGCGUCCGAACUCUCUGCUCUCACAUCGAGAACAUGAUCAAGGGAGUCACCCUGGGCUACCGCUACAAGAUGAGGUCCGUGUAUGCCCAUUUCCCCAUCAAUGUCAACGUCCAGAAUGAAGGAACCCUUGUGGAGAUCAGGAAUUUCUUGGGAGAGAAGGUCAUCAGGAAGGUGGAUAUGAGGGAAGGUGUCACAUGUUCCAACUCCACCAAGCAGAAGGAUGAGAUCAUCCUUGAAGGCAAUGACAUCGAACUCGUUUCACAGUCUGCGGCUCUCAUCCAGCAAUCCACCACCGUGAAGAACAAGGACAUCAGAAAAUUCUUGGAUGGUAUCUACGUCUCUGAGAAGACCACAGUAGAAACCGUUGAUCCAUGAACACACUGGCUGUGUGCAGGAGACCCUCAAAAAAUAUGAAAACUGUUGACACUGCACUAUGUAAAUGUAUAAUAAAAGAUCUGACAUAGUCUUGCAGAGUUUACAAACCAA